AUGGAUCUGUGUUUUCUCUUAGCUCCGGAAAUAGUCAACUACGAAGCUCUUGGGCUGGAAGCUGAUACGUGGAGCAUUGGUGUGAUAACGUACAUUCUCCUGAGUGGGGCCUCCCCGUUCCUCGGGGACACGAAGCAGGAGACGUUAGCCAACGUGUCCGCCAUCACCUACGAGUUCGAGGACGAGUUCUUCAAUGGCACCAGCGCCCUGGCCAAAGAUUUCAUCAGGAGGCUGCUCGUCAAGGAUCCCAAGAGGAGAAUGACAAUCCAAGAUAGUUUGCAGCAUCCCUGGGUCAAGCCUAAAGACACCCAACAGGAGCUGAGCAGGAAGGCGUCAGCCGUCAACAUGGAGAAGUUCAAAAAGUUCGCUGCCCGGAAGGAGUGGAAACAAUCGGUGCGCCUCAUCUCCCUGUGCCAGAGGCUCUCGCGGUCCUUCCUGUUGCGCAGCAACAUGAGCAUCUCCCGCAGCGACGACGCGCUGGACGAGGAAGACUCCUUCGUGAUGAAGGCCAUCGUGCACGCCAUCAACGACGACAACGUGCCGGGUCUGCAGCACCUCCUGGGCUCUCUGACCAAUUAUGACGUCAAGCAGCCCAACAAGCACGGGACCCCUCCGUUGCUGAUCGCGGCGGGAUGUGGGAACGUCCAGAUGUUGCAGCUGCUCAUCGCCCGCGGCUCCCGGGUGGACGUCCAGGACAAGGCGGGGUCGAAUGCAGUGUACUGGGCAUCCCGCCACGGCCACGUCGCCACCCUCCAAUUCCUCAGCGAGAACAAGUGCCCGCUGGACGCAAAGGAUAAGUCGGGGGAGACGGUGCUUCACGUGGCGGCACGCUACGGCCACGCAGACGUCGUCCAGCUCCUGUGCCAGGCCGGGGCCAACCCGGACAUCCAGGACCAGGAGGGGCACGUGGCCCUGCAUCUGGCCGUGCGGCAUUGCCAGACGGACGUGGUGAGGACCCUGCUGCUGCUGGCGGCGACGGCGACUCGGGGCCGGGAGCGGGGCUGUGGCUUGGACGCCCGCGACCUGCGCGGGGACACCCCUUUGCACGUGGCCUGCAGGGACGGCCACCUGCCCGUCAUCACCGCCCUCUGCGAUGCCCGCUGCCAACGCGACCCCGCCAACGAGGACGGGUGGACCCCGCUGCACGUGGCCGCCAGCAACGGGCUCCUGUCGGUGGUCUGCCAUCUCUGCCUCUGCGGGGCCGACGUGGAGGCCUGCACUCCGGAGGGGAAGACGGUCGAGGAGCUGGCCCAGGACCAGCACCACGAGCCCGUGGCCGCCCUGCUCGCCAGGCUGAGGAAGGAGAGCCAGCGGACGGCGUUCUCCCAGCAGCUGCGCCCGGGCCCUGCCGCGCAGCCCCGCAUCAAGCUGAAGCUCUUCGGCCCGUCGGGCGCCGGCAAGUCCGCCCUGGUGGACUCCCUCAAGUGCGGCCUCCUGCGCGGCCUCUUCCGCCGCCGCCGGGCCAGGCCGCCCGCCCAGCCCGCGGCCCGAGGCCCGCCUUCACCCCUGGCUUCCAAGCCCGCAGCUUUUGGGGGCCGCCUGAAGACCCCCCUGCAGGUGGUCCCGGUGGCCACCCACGCCGACCUCGUGAGCCUGCCCCGCCCCGCGGGGGCCGAGUUCAGCUACGACAAGGACGCGUCUCUACUGAGGGAGAUCCGAAACCGGUUUGGGAAUGACCUGCAGAUCUCGGAGAAGCUGUUCGUGUUGGAUACCGGCGCCUCGGGCUCCAGGGACAUGAAGGCCUCCCGCAGCCACCUGCAGGAAAUCCGCAGCCGGAUCAUCGCGGGCCGGCCCCCCAUGACGCCGCUCGGCGAGAAGAUCCUCUCCAGCCUCCCGUCGUUGUGGAAGCAGAGGGGCCCCAACCAGCUGGUGCCCAUGGAGCAGUUCGUCCGCGACGUCCAGGACCAGUUCAACCCGCUGGCCGGCGAGGCGGCCGUCAGGGCCGUCGUGCAGCAGCUGCACAGCAUCGGAGAGGUGCACGUCCUCCGCAGCGGGCCGGCCCGGGACCUGCUGGUGCUGGACCCCCGCUGGCUGUGCUCCUACGCCCUGGGCGGGCUGCUGUCGGCCGAGAGCCCGCUGGCCCUGCCUCAGUACCGCGGCCGCUACAGCCUGGAGGACGUCCAGCGCCUGCUGCCCGACAGCGACGCCGACCAGCUGCUGCGGGUCUUGGACGCCAUGGACGUCUGCGCCCGCGACCCCGCCUCGGCCGGCGCCAUGGUGGACAUCCCGGCCCUCAUCAAGGCCGACGGACCCGGCUGCCGCUGGACCGACGACGAGGAGGAGGAGGGGGGGGGAGGAGGACGGGACGGACGGGGACGAGGAGGACGGGGAGGGCCGAAGCCGGGGGCUCGUCUGCGGCGGCGUGCGGGUGGUUCCCGUGGAGCACCUGACGCCCUUUCCCUGCGGCCUGUUCCACAAGGUCCAGGUGGGCCUCUGCCGCUGGGCCCGGCGCCAGGGCGGCCGGGCGGACGUGCGCCUGUGGCCCGACGGGGCCCGCCUGGCCCGGGCCGGGUCCGAGCUGCUGGUGCUCCUGGUCCACCGGGGCCAGGGCCUGGAGGUGCGGGCCCGCGGGCCCCGGGCCGGGCGGGCCCGCUGCUGGCACCUUCUGGACGCGGCCCGCGGGGCCGUCGACGGGGCCCUGGCGGCGGCGCUGCCCGGCCUGCUCACGGUGCGCCACUACCUGAGCCCCCGGCAGCUGCGGCGGUGGCGCGGGCCCGUCAUGGCCUACCAGCCGCGGGACUUCGCCCGGGCCCGGGCCCUGCGCGAGACGGCCCUCACCAACCCCGUGGCCGGCUACCGCGAGAGCUUCUGCAGCGUCACCUGCUUCGGCUGCCCCGACCUCUUCGCCCGCGGCCGCCUGGGCCUGGACGUGCCCGCCCGCGAGCUGGGCCCGCUCACCCGGCACCGGCUCUGCCGCCUUCUGGACCCCCCCGAUCCGCUGGGCAAGGACUGGUGCCUGCUGGCCAUCAACCUGGGCCCGCCGGACCUGGUGGCCGAGGUCGGCGGCGGCGGCGGCGGCGACCCCCCGGGCCCCGGCCCCCCGCCCAGCCCCGUCCACACGCUGCUGGUCCGCUGGGGCCGCGACCCGGCCAGCACCGUGGGGCUCCUGGUGGCCAAGCUGCGCGAGCUGGGCCGCCGCGACGCCGCCGACUUCCUGCUGCGGGCCGCCGCCGCCUUCCGCCCCGGCCGCGGGCCCGACGGCCCCGACGCCGCCGAUGGCCCGGACGGGAGCGACGCCCCCGCCUCCUCCCACGCCUCCGUCGCCUCCGUCGUGUCCCGGUGAGGGACGGCCCGCCGGCGGGACCUGGGGCCGGGGGGGGGGGGGACCGGCGGUCUCUCCCCGGGCCUCUCCGGCCCGUGGGAGGGACGGGGAGGGAGGAGAGGAGAGGGCCGGGGCGCCCGCGGGAUUCUGGCGGAUCUCUUCCACACGGCCCCACACAGAGAACUCACAGACGGCCUCUCCCCCAGCCUCCUCCUGCCGCCCGUCAGUCUCCCUCUUCCUCCGUCACUUCUCGCCUCUCUGUCCCCUCGCCACCUCCACCCCGCGUGCCCAGCCCUCCUCCCUUUCCUGCCCCCCCGAUCGCCUGUCCGGUGCGGUGCCCGCCACCCUAGCCGGGCCCGGGGAACCUCUCGGUCUCGGACCGAGGACGGGCUCCGGGCUCCGGAACCCCGGGCCCCCCGAGAGGCCGGCGAGCCCCGUGCGGCAUCGACUCCAUCCCAUCCGAUCGCGUCCGCGGCCCAGAGCCGGUUUCACGGGCCGCUGGUGGCCUCGGGUAGGGGCUCACGAUUCCUCAGAGGUGCCCCUGUCCUGGGCUUCCCCUCCCUCCCUUCCCACCCCCCUCAAAACUGUUGUGUUCUGUUAGCCCCCCCAUCUCAGGUUGGGUCAGUCGGGGCGGGGAGAGGGGGGCGGUCAGCCUCCGGGACCGGCGUUCCGGCUCCCCCCUCCCCAUCACCCGUGCGCUCAGCGGAGGGUUUUUGCCGUUUGGAUCCCGGUCUCUUCAUUUCCUGUACUUGAAGUUUCAAAUUGAAAGAAAUAAAACGGAAAGGCCGAAGAA